GAAGAAGAAGAAGAAGAAGAAGAAGAAGAAGCAGAAGCAGAAGCAGAAGCAGAAGAAGAAGAAGCAGACGCGCUGCCCCAGGAAGCGUGAACAAAUAUCGGCGUGGGUUUUUCCCGAACUCGCCGGUGUGCAUGUUUUUAAAAUGACGCACACGGUUGAAAAACAACAACAACAACAACCAUCCCUCUUUUUAGGAGUGUGUUGCCAAAGUGAGGAGCCGCGUCUUCCGCUGCACUCCUCCAUCGCCCUGUUUCUCCUGUCUUACUGCGAGUGCAAGUCCUUCAAAGUGUUCCUGGUCUCCGCCGCACCCGCCCGCUGCUCCCAGCGGCUGGAGAGUCAGCUGCCAGGGUCUCUGGAGGUGUCCGACACUCGGCUGGAGGAUGUGCCCCCUUUGGUGAGGGGCUGCCGCCUGCCUGCCGUGCUGGACGAGACCGGGCAGCUGUGCAGGGCGGGACUGGCUGUGGUCCUGAGACACAUCAUCAACAAGACCCUAGAGGCCGAGCCGUCUCGAAACGAUGUGCUGGCACUGCUGGGCUUCAAGAAGACCUGUCUGAAGGCCUGUGCCGAGGUGAGCAAGUGGACCAGGCUGUGUGAAACUGGCAUUCCCUCUGCUGUAGAAGAACGCCUCCAAAAUCCCAACAAUCACUCUCAGCAGCUGCCUCUCUCCAUCCUCACCCUGGAACAAAGGCUAGCGGAGCCUGUCAAAGUCCACAAUGAUGACAAAAUACGGAGGCAGAAACUCCAAGAGCAGAGGCGGAAUGGAAAGAAUGAGUCCCCCAAAGGCCAAGGGGAUGUGGACAAAGAGUCCGCACCUGGAGAGGCACCUCAGGCGGGCGAUGGACUUGAGCUCAGGGCCGCUUUGGCGAAGCUGUCUGUGGAGUCAGUUCCAGCCGUGGCCACUAGAGAGAACUCUGAGAUCAGGAAAGUGAAGACCACGGAUCUCCCUCCGCUGGAGCAUGUGUUUGCUGAAGGACUGUAUUUCACUCUGACGGAUGUGGUGCUGCUGCCAUGCAUCUAUCAGUACCUGUGUUCCCUCCAAGCCCACGCUGCGAGCACACUGCAUCAGCUCCCCCACCUCCUGCGUUGGUACAGUCGUGUUCAAGAGGUACCUGGGGUCCUUCGGGCAGCCAAGGCUUGUGGGAUGACUCUUUCCGUCCCACAAGUUCCCACGCCCAGACUCCCAGGGCUGUCAGCAGAGGAAAAGCCAACCAGCCCACUGGAGCAAGAAGACAACCCGGAGAUGACCACACAGCUUCCUUUUGUUGGUGGCCCCAGGCCCACAAUGACUAAACUUAAAGAAAAAGGCGUCGAGGCAGUCUUUGCUCCUCAUCCUUGCCCUGCCUGGACUCUCCCAUGGGACAACUUACCAGGAGCUAUCAACCCCACUGAAGGUAAAAUGUCAAAUAUUCGUGCCGUCAGGAAGAGGCAACAGCUGAAUAACUUGGUUGCCAUGGUUACGGAUCAAGCCAGGCCAGGAUACAGCAUUGUGGAUUUCUGCAGUGGAACGGGCCAUGUAGGGAUUGUGCUGGCUCACACUCUUCCAGAUUGCCAGGUCAUCCUCAUAGAGAACAAAGAAGAGUCCUUGGUCAGGGCCCAGAGUCGCAGUGCAGAGCUCGGUCUGAAAAACAUCGGCUUCAUUCAGGCCAACCUGGAUUACUUCACUGGACCUUUCCAAAUUGGGGUGGCCCUCCAUGCAUGUGGCGUUGCAACAGACAUGGUGGUGGAGCAUUGUAUCCAGGCAGGAGCUGCCUUUGUCAUCAGUCCCUGUUGCUAUGGCUUCAUCCAGAACGCAGUCAAGUUCACCUUCCCCAAGAGCAAGAGGUUCAAAGAAACUCUGACUUAUAAGGAACACAUGAUCCUCUGCCGCUUCGCAGACCAAACCGCUGUCCAGCUCCCUCCAGAACGACGACUCAUAGGUAAACAGUGUAUGGGUCUGGUAGACUUGGACCGGUCGUGGGAAGCAGAGACUCAUGGGUACUUGGUGCAAGUGAUGACCAUGGAGCCUGAAAGCUGUUCACCAAAGAACAACAUGCUGGUGGGAAAGCCGCCACAGAAGAGCGGACUGGACAUCGGUGUGAGCCAACUGGAAGCACCGGUGCAUAAUUAGGUCUGCGGUGUGGUACGGCCGAGCAUCUACAACAUGGCCAGGGUUUGAUAAAGUAACCAGUGGCUCCUGGUUGUGUCAUGACGGUGCUGAUGGUAUAACUGCUUUGUAUCCACCCUCAACCAUUUCUUUUUAUUCAUUUUUAAAAAGCUCUUUUUGUAAGAAAUGACCUCAGAAAAUAAAAAAGAUGUUUGCUUUUUA